UCUCCAUGCCUCUUGUCCUCUCUCUGAUUUCUGUCGCUCUUUCUGGAUCUCUCCUUCUUCAUGACUGAAAGUUCUGGAGAUUGAAGAAGGCAACAGGAGGAGUGUUUAAGAGUCCGUGACGAACCAGGAGAGGACCAGAAGAACAACUGUUCAGUGAAAGAGGAGUUCUGAAGUGAAAAUCAGACCAGAAUGGCUUCCCUGUGUUAUAACAGAGGCUGCGGCGAAAGGUUUGAUGAGGACAAGAACUCUGAUGAUGCCUGUUGUUUUCACCCUGGAGUGCCUAUCUUCCAUGAUGCCCUUAAGGGCUGGUCCUGCUGUAAGAAGAGAACGACAGACUUCUCAGAGUUUCUCUCAAUCAAGGGUUGUUCCCGUGGACGCCACAGUAACGUGAAGCCUGAAGAGACGCUGAAGCCAGAGUUCAAGACUGAUAAAGGAGAGCAGAAGCUCAACAGCAGCAAGGAGAUCAUCUACCAGGGCCCUAAAUCUGCUGAGGCUCUGGAGAAGGAGAGACCCAGCUAUGAUGAGCCAAAGUCCAACCUGAAAGUGAAGGUGUCUCCUUCUCUGGCUCAGAUCUUAGAGAAAAUGGAGGUCAGUCAGAGGGAGAAGCAGGAGAAGUUAGAGAGCCAAGGCGUCAUGGUGGGGACUAGGUGCAAAAACACUGGAUGCAAAACAAUGUACCAGGGUCCAGAGACAGAUGCUGAGGUUUGCACUCAUCACCCUGGAGCACCAGUCUUUCAUGAGGGAUACAAAUACUGGAGCUGCUGCUGUAUAAAGACCAUCGACUUCGAGGCUUUCUUGGAUCAAAAAGGCUGUACUACAGGCAAACACUGCUGGGUUCCAAAACAGGAUAAGAAGAAGGUGGCAUGUCGACAUGACUGGCACCAGACAGGAAACCAGGUGGUGGUCACCAUCUAUGCCAAGAACGCCAACCCUGAGCAUUCCUAUGUGGAGGCAAACCGCACACUGCUGACGUGUCAUAUUCAGUUUGAGAAUAACAAGGAGUUUCACAAGGACUUCCAUCUGUGGGGGGUAGUUGAUGUGAAGAGCAGCUUUGUGAACAUGGUGCCUUCUAAAGUAGAAGUGACCUUAAAGAAGGCUGACGCUGUAGCUUGGGGUAAACUGGAGGACUCCAAACACAAACCUGAACACGAGGUCACAGAUGACAUCAGCAGCACAGAGCAGGAGGGGAAAGCAGACGAAAAACCAGACUGGUACAUCUCAGAUGAUGACAUCAGUGAGUCUGACUGGGAGGAUAACGAUGAUGACGAUAAGAAAGAGGAAGAGCAGGAUGUGGGCGGUCCCCCCUUGCUGGAGGAACCUCAACCUGUACCUCCAAAGAAAUAGAUGCUUAUUAAUAUUCACAUAGGGAUUGUUUUUCUACAGUGUGACAGUAGGGGUUCGACGGGCAUGAUGGUGUAUUGUGAUGAGUAAGUUUGAAUUAGUUAUAUAUAGUGAUACAAAUAAUGGUUUAAAAAAAUAUUAUUCUCAGGUAAAGCACAUUUUUUGCUUUUUUUUUUUUUUUUUUUUUUAAAUGAUGGUAGUCACCAAAAAUACCAUAACUGUAUUUUGUACGUUUUGAAAAUUGUCCAGGAUUUGGUUAUUUUCCAAUAACAGCACGUUCUGAAGUGUUUUAUUCGUCAUAUACCACAGCAAUCUACCAAUUAUUACAAUGAUCAUUUAUUAAUGAACAUUGUCAUGCUUUUUAUCCCUUUACACUGGCGUUUCAAAUUGUUGAACGCCAAAGAGGCGUAACGUCCUGUUCUCUCUUACAUUAUAACAACUGUAAAGUCAUUCCCUCACCAGACUCAUAUUUUUUCUCUCUUAAUAAGGAAAGAAAAUCCAGUGUGUCUAUUAAUAAUCCUGAAAGUGCAAACUCCUCUGUCCUGAAGACUCUCGUGUGGUGAAAAACUUACUGUUAAAAAGAGUUCACGCACAAGACCAUAAACCUUCAAUAAACAACUAGCAGAAAACAUCACCAUAUCUACGAUUCUAAUUUAAAAAAAAAAUACAUUUAUUAUUGGCCUUAGCUUAUGUAGAUCAUCGCUGUGUACGAGUGCAUUAAUGUGAACCUGUCAUUUAAAUUACUACUAGUCAAAGCUGCUCUGCUCAACACAUUGUUUACCAAUGGGAUUUUUCAAACUGUUAACAAUAGUGUAAACAUUAACUGCAGAUAAAUACUGGUUUAAAUUAUUAACAGAAUCCGUGAGCGAUCACAGAAGGUUAUCACACAUAACAAUUGCAUUAAUAAAUAAAAACUGAACAGACAAAAGGCAAACAGCAAUGGCCAAACUUUAUUUUUGCUUCAAAUAAACAGCAACAAUCCCGGAUCAGAGGCAAUAGUAGCCAACAGACAAACUCAAAGCCAUGGAAGGUAAACUGCAACUCAUAUGGCAUUAAAAAAAAAAUCAUAUUAAAUAAUUCCAAAAGUUAAAUUAGAUACUUCAAGAGUAAACAAUAAACAGUAAGCAGUAGUCUCAUCAACGCUGUAUUAUAAAUAACCAAAAAAGGUGAAUAGUCCUUUUUAGCCCCAUUUUCUUUUCAAAGGUGAAACUGAAAUCAAAGGUUUUGUGUGGCUUCCACAUCCACAAGCUCCUCCCUCGUCCCUGAUAACACUCAGUCAGUAGUUUGACACUUCAAGAAGACAAAAAAUAAAAA